AGCUACAUUGCAUACACUUGAUAGAUAUACACCUUAGCUAGCUAAAGAACCUUACCACAUUUCGUUUUAUAUUACUCAAACCUAAUAUGGCAAAGAUCAGCACCAUUCUGGUCGUGUGCGCCCUCCUGGCCUGCAUGCUCGUGGCGACAGAGUCAACCGUCACCUGCGGGCAGGUCGCCAGCGGCGUCGCCCCCUGCCUCAAUUACCUGAGGGGCGGGGCGCCUCUGUCACAAAGUUGCUGCGGUGGCGUCAAAGCCCUCAAUGGCGCUGCUAGGACCACCCCGGACCGUCAGGCUGUCUGCAAGUGCCUCAAGGCUGCCUCCGCCAGCAUCCCGGGCAUCAACCUCGGCCUUGCCAGCGGCCUCCCAAGUAAAUGCGGGGUCAAUGUUCCUUACAAGAUCAGCCCCUCCACUGACUGCAGCAGGGUGAAGUAAUGAGCCAACGAAGGAAGAGAUCUUCCUCAGGGAAUAUGGUGGGCUAGUGAGGAAUAAAGAUUGGGUUAUUGGGAACCCUAAUGAGGGAGAAGAGAACUAUAACUCUCGUCGUCGUCAUUACGUUUCCUAUUAUCGCUUUCCAUUUAUGUUAGCUAUCAGAGCUGUCAUCAGACAGAUGUGGAGUCACUGUUGUAACAAUAAACAUAAUCCACCGUGUUUCUCAUUUUCAUGAGAACUAUGUCUCAUA